AUGUCCGGUAAUUCCCGCAACAACUAUUCCACUGCUACCGCUGCGGGUUACAAGGGCCAGUCAAUGAUGGGUCAUGGUCACUACAACCAAGCCAAUCAGGGCCACGGUACGGCCAACUACCUCCAUCGGGGACACCCCAUGUCUGCACAUGGCGGCGACAAUGGCAUAGCAGCGCUGACGAGUGGCAUGGCAGCCAUGAACGUCCACGGUUCGUACGGCGGUUCCAUGGCCUCCAAAGCUGGCGGUGCCGUUCUCGCCAACAACGCGUCCGAGUACCUUCAAGGUCAGGGCCACCUCUGGGUUCCUAACAUGAACCCCAUGUAUGGCGUGAUGGCCGGCGCCCCGCAGCAAGCGGGUAUGGGACAUUCGCCCGGAAUGUAUAACAAUGCCGGUACUUUCGUACCUCAGACGACGUAUCAGUAUAACCAAGGAAUGGUCGAAUCCCCGAUGGGUAACGGAUGGGCGUCCCGAGUCUCCUCUAGCGAUAUGCCCACACUCAUGACCCCGCGUCGGGAUUCUAUCUCAUCCAACGAGAACGACAUCCCAGGUACGCCAUAUACUAGCACUGGCCUAUACCGAUACGGCACCUCGACUGCUAUCAUAGAUCGCUCGCCGAAUGGUAUGUACACGAGCAGCGCGACACCGUCACCUUCGCAGUUGGCCCAGUAUGGAGUGCAGCUCGUCAACCCCAAGCAGGCGUCUGUUGCCACCAUCUCGCCUCAGCUCGCCCAGCUCCUCCAGAAGGAGCCGCCGAUCCCGCGAGCCAUUCCAGCACCUAGUUCCCCGCUUAAGCCGCUUGACCGGAGCCUGGAGAACAAGACCGGCGAGACAAACGUCUACAUCCGCGGCCUCCUGCCAGAGACUACUGACGAGAUGCUGCACGCUUGGGGUAAGCGCUUCGGCGAUAUCCAGAGCUCGAAGUCAAUCAUCGACUUGAAGACCAACCUGUGCAAGGGCUUUGGAUUCAUCAAGUACCACAACUUCGAAGAUGCCGAGAAUUGCAUCCGUGGCUUCCAUUACCUUGGCUAUGAGGUCUCUUUCGCGCGUGAGUCGUUCUAUUCGAAGUUGAAAAAGUUCGCGGAUGAGACCAAUACGAACCUGUAUGUCUCGAACAUUCCCAAAAACAUGAGCGAGCAUGAACUCAGCGCAAUCUUCGCCCCUCACAAGGUCUGUUCUACUAGGAUCCUCCGGGACGCUGCAGGCCAUGGUCGUGGUGUUGGCUUCGCUCGCUUCGACACGCGAGAUAUCUGCGAGGAGGUGAUCAAGACUUUCAACAACACACCCGUUGCGAAGCCAGGAGGCGAAGAGCACCUCAUCCAAAUUCGAUACUCCGAUACUCACGAACAAAAGAUGCUCAAGCAGCAGACAGCCGCUGGUCGAGUCUUCCGCGCUGCUGAGUACGAAGUCGGCGUUGCGCAAGCUCGUGCUCUUAGUACCGGACCCGAUCGCUACUUGAACAUGUCUCCGGACUCACAGGGCGCUGCAAAUGAGUUCGAGAUCUUCCUACAGCAGCACAACCCAACCUCGUACGGCCCUGCGAAUCGCUACCGCCAACCGUGGGCCCCUGCUGUGCCCUCGAGCCUGGGAAUGUCCCGCCCAGCCAUGCAUCAGAUGGCUCAUGUUCCAGUUUUCAAGUCUGAGGACGGUGGUACCGAGCGCGGUACCGACGUGAAGACGAACCCCGCCACACCGAUCAAGCAGGAGGGUCCAUCCUCACCAACCUGCCACAAUGGUGACGAGUGA